AUGGCUGCUAGAAGACGUUGGAAAUCUGACACUCAUGUUGAUAAAAAACAAAAUGAUUUUGAUGCAUCUAUGUUAAUCGAUUUAAAUAAAUUGGAACAAAAAGAGGAGCAAGAUUUUGGUUUCAAGACUAAAAUUAAUUUGGAAGAUAUCGGUGCUCUAUUUGAAAUGAUUAAAAAUGAAUCUUCUCAACGUUCAUUGUCAGUUUUAAUUUAUUUAGCACUAACAUAUUUUGGCAUUUCAUGGAGAACUAUAGAUGAUUUUCUUCAGCAAAUUGGUGGAACAACAUGUCGUACAGCACACAAAUGGGCUGAAACAUUUAUUGAUGGUGAUUUGGAUGAAUUCAAUGAAGAGUGUCGUGGUGGAAAACGUUUUGAUAGUUUUUUCGACAUAUUUCCAGAAUUAGAAAAUCAAAUGAAGUUGUUUGCAAUUCAAGGAUGUCAGCGAAAAGAUGCAUCUUUUACUUCGUUGGAGAUGGCUCAAUAUCUAGAUCAACAAUACUACAAAUUGACAGGACAGGUAAAAACAAGUGAUCAGUUAGUUCGCAGUGAACGAGUGUGUCGUCUUGAUUUACGUCGUUAUGGAUUCACAUUUGAUAAAAAUACACAGAGACCAUAUUGGUCUGGCCAUGAACGACCAGAUGUUGUGGAAAAUAGAAAAGAAUUUGUUCAAGCAUUUUUAGAAAAUAAACAAAAUUAUUAUUUAGUUACAGAUGGUAUAAAUCCUCAAUGGAUAUUUCCAAAACAAGAUCCAGUUAUUCUGUUAUGUGAGUAA